AUGAUUAGCAUCGCCUUCGAUGAUCAGGCUUAUAACGUGCCAGAGCUGGUCUCUCCACGACAGCUAUUCGUGCUGAGAGCUAAGAAAGGUCCUAGUCAAACUGUGCCCUGGAAGCAAGAAAUGCUCAACAUUCCUGUCUUCCUCCGGGCUAUCAAGACAAAAGAAGGUGUAAAAACCUCUAAAGAUGCUCCUCUCCCGUACCGUCAGUAUCAUGGUUGGCUCGUACUUCUCGGAGUUGCCCUCGGUCUCAUCUAUACCUUGACAACGUAUUGUCUACGAAGAGCAUUAGGCAAUGCCAUCAAUGGUAAGGCUCCCGAUCCACCUAUCAACCGAGCCGUUACUAACUUCCCUGUUGUAGAUGAUCCCAACUCGAACGCGGCGGUUCGAAAUCUAGUCCUGGAUCAUGGCCCUGGAUCCAGGAUCUUUGAACGAAACUAUAUUUCGCGGACCAUUCGUUACUUUACCCAAGAUCAGUUCUGGGGAAGAAGCUCUGACCAUGAAUCUGCAAGGACCGCGAGUCAGAUCGGCCUACUACGGGAUCCCGAUCGGCCGAGGAAACUCAGCACUGAACAAGGACAGCAGAUCGAGGAGUUAUUUGGUGUUAUCGAAAUGGCGAAGGGAGAGCCAAUCUAUAAUGACUAUCAAGCCGUGAAGGCGUCCCUUGCCGCUACUAUCCGAAAGAAGGAGCGCGCGUUGCUGAAGCGGAUUCAGGAAGAGUAUGACUUGAAUGCCCCCGUGUUAGCUAUUCAGCGGCAAUUAAAUGGGAACAAUCUGACGAUGACGACGAUGACGACAAUAAAGAAAGUACUCCCGCUGAACCGUCUCCAUUCGGAUCGCUGA